AUGGCGCGACCGAAACUUAUUAUUGUGCCAUUAGUACUUUCCAUUAUUGCUAGCUUUACAGCUAUGAUAAUGCAAUUAUAUGGGGCUAUUUUGCUUUGGAAGAUACAUUUAAAACAACAAGAAGAUGCGAUCUGCAUGCUUUUAUUACGAAAGCAAAGCUAUUGGCGUCCAAAGUGGAAAAAAGCUAGACAGCGGUACCUACGACGAAAAAAACGUGGCUGUUUGCAUAAACCUGGACGAACUGAUUUAUGGUGGGAAAACAUAUUGAAUGGCGUGUCUCCAGAGGAGUCAUGGAAGAAAAAUUUCCGAAUGUCGAGGGACGAUUUUAUGGAGCUAGUAGUAGAACUGAGGCCCUACAUAUCACCUAAACCUGGAUCACCAAACUACCGACGUUUCACUGCUGAGAAGAAAGUGGCAAUCACGUUAUAA